AUGGAAGUGGUAUCUGCUCUUCAAAGAUACAAAAAAUUUAAAGACACAAAAAAACGGUCACCAGAUUUCGACUUCGUGUCGUCUCCAAAGGUUAACGUGCGCUGUGAAGGCUUCCCCAGAGAGAUAGCAAACAGGGUAAAACCCGAUGAACAAAAGAACAGUUCAAGGCCCACCAAAAAACCUUUUACUGCACGCGAAAUUGAAAUUCUCAAAGAAGGCGUGGACAAAUACGGGCCUAGAUUCAGUAUCAUUGAGAGAUAUUGCGAGUUUAGUACGAGAAGGUCUGCAAAAACGUUGAAACAGAAAUACACAAGUUUAAUGCAGGCUACUUGCUAUAAGCCAAAGAAACGAUGUCCGUUCACUGUCCAAGAAGAGGAAAACCUCAAGGACGGCGUUUCUAAAUAUGGCUUUCAAUGGAAAAAGAUUUUGAAUCAUUACAGUUUUAUGCCGCAAAGGACUCCGCAAAACCUGAAAGACAAAUGGCGAAAUAUGUUAAAAUGAGGAUAAAAUAUAUCCUAGGAUUUCAAGUGAAGGUGUUUUUUUUGCAAUUUCGCUUCCAUCUUAAUGUGAUGACUAUGAUUUGAAAUUAUUUAUAUAAGUUGCCUGCUAUAGGAGGUGAAUUUAAAUAUUGAAAAUUUUCAACGCUCAAAUCUCAACAAGGCUGUAUAAGGUUAAAAAAUGUUGGUAUCUAUAUACUCUAUUAAUACAAGUUUAGAAUGGUUUAAGGUUGACUGUGUGCUAAU